AUGCAGUUGUGUGUUUGCUUUGCUUACAGGGAAACGCUUAGCCCGGAUCGUCACCCCCUCCAGACGCACGGGGUGACGGCCGAGCAGCUCCUGCCCAGCCCGAGAAAGAGAUCGGGGCCUCCAGCUUUUGUCAUUUAUGGUUUGGUUCUCCAAGUCCACGAGCUGCAGUCAGCUCUUCUCAACGUGACGGGACCCUCUGGCCCCAUCACUGUGGCCAUGGGCAAGGACGUGGUGUUGCCCUGCUGCUUCUCCCCAGAGCAGAGCACGCAGGACAUUGAGGUGAACUGGUUUCGGGAAUACUUCUUGCCCUUUGUGCAUCGCUACAAGGGGGGCCAGGACCAGUAUGGGGAGCAGAUGCUUCAAUACCAAGGGCGCACCGAGCUGCUGAAGGACGGCCUCAGCAAGGGCAGAGUGGACUUGAAAAUUUUCCAUGUCCAACUGUCUGACAGAGGGAAUUACACCUGCUUUGUUCAGCAUGACUUGGAUUACAACGAGGCUGUGGUGGAGCUGCAGGUGACAGCCAGUGGUUCUGCUCCACUCCUCGUGCUGGAGCACUACCAGGACAGGGGGAUCCAGGUGGCCUGUCGCUCGGCCGGCUGGUACCCACAGCCCCAGGUGCUGUGGCAAGAUCCCCAUGGGCGGCAGCUGCCAUCCCUCUCAGAAAGCGUUACCCAGGACAAGAGCAGCCUCUUCACAGCGGAAAGCAGCAUCAUCCUCACCAGGGGCAUGAACCAGAAACUCUCCUGCACGGUCCGACAUGCCCUGCACAGCCAAGAACAGGGAGCAGCUUUAUACAUAUCAGAUCCCUUUUUCCAAAACGCCCAUCCAUGGAUGACUGCCCUCGGCGUGGUCCUGGUUGUUGUGGUCGCUCUCCUUAUGAUCACUAUUUAUCUAUUUAAAAUUAAAGGAAAGCAUGAGAAAAGAAUAGUGAUGCAAGAGGCAGCGCUACGGGACCGUGAUGCAGAAAUCGAGAAGCAAGCUGAAGAACUUGCAUGGAGAAGAUAUGCAGUCCCUAUAGAAGAAGUGAAGGUGGUUCUGGAUCCAGACACAGCCCACUGCGACCUUGUCCUGUCUGAUGACUGCAAAAGUGUGAAACGAGAAGACACACGGCAGGACAUCCCCGAUAUCCCCGAGAGAUUUAACCCGUGGCGUUGUGUGCUGGGCCGUGAAGGCUUCACCUCGGGGAGAUACUACUGGGAGGUGGAGGCGGUGGAUGGAGGAGGAUGGACCGUGGGGGUCUCUAGAGAAGAUGUGAAAAGGAAGGGCGAGAUUGAGUUUAAACCAGAGGAGGGCAUCUGGGCAGUGGGGCAGUGGGCAGGGCAUUUCCAAGCUCUCACAUUCCCUAAUCGAACUCUACUGCCUGAAAUCCAGACUCCCAAGCGGAUCCGGGUCUCUCUGGAUUAUGAAGAGGGACAGGUGUCAUUUUUCAGUGUCGAUGAGAAGAUUCCUAUCUUCACAUUUCAACUGGCAUCAUUUGAGGGGAUAAGAGUCCACCCUUGGGUCUGGCUGGGUCCUGGGACGUGGCUCAAAAUGUGGCCCUGA